GCCGCAUCUUGUCUCAUAUGCAUUGCGAUACUAAGUGAUUGACUGACACUUUCCCCUUAGCCUGUGAACUCAGCCAACGCAAACCCCCACGCAUCAACUGCGGCCACGGCGGCAUUCAUGGCUUCCAGUCAGAAUCCGAACAGGACCCUGUCCUCAGCGGCAGCCGCUGCUGCGUUACGAGCCCGUCCCCAGACGCCCACCAAUGUCGCCGAAGUCCAGACAAAACGCACGAUGCGCCGUAGUCCAUCAGUAUCGUCCACUGGAAGUGCCGCUGGUCGUGGCAGAACUGGUCUGAGACUGGAACGACGAGGAAGCUCAGGUAGCAUGACGGAAAGGACAUUUCGAAGUCCGUCACCGCAUCGAGGCCAGCCAGGGCAAGAGCCGCAACAGCACCCGCCCGUUCCGACCAUUCCCGCCGGGCAUCGCAAAUCACCCAGUACCGGGUCUGCUGCGGUGGGCAUGCAGAAGUUCCGCACGGCAUCUCAAAAAAUGGAUGAGAGGCUGCCUUCCUGGUACACCCAUCCAACUGGAGACCUCAGAAAUAUUCGAAAAUCUGACGCACCUAUGAAUUCACUCUACACUCAGAAGCCGAGACCUGAAAGCAUUAAUUCCAUCCCUCCGAGACCUGAAAGCACAAGCUCAUCUGUCAACUUUUCAUAUCCGAGUCGCAUGCGCUCCCAAUCGCCACCUGCCUCUCCGUCCACUAGACACGACCCUCAAUGGAGCAGUCCACCCCCGCGCACUCCUGCGUCGCCGCUAAGAUCGAGCAGAGCCUCAGCGACUUUAUCUAUCAUGGGGAAACCAGAUGCGGCCAUGGUAUAUGAUCCAAACUCGCGGAGGAUGGUCCCUAGCGCAGAUCUAAUGAUCGUUGAACACCAGGCCAGAGAGGCUGCCAAUAAGCAGCCCAGCAAGAAGAAAAGGAGCCACGGUGGGAUGCAGCGAUCUGGCAGCGAUCUGGCUAGAGGGACAGUCGCAAGAUCGAGUGGCACCAUCGUUGAAGGUAUGGCGCAAGAGCGACAAUUGUCGCGACGAGAGUCACCUGUUACUACGCAACUGCAUGCGAAGCAAGAAUCGCAAGUCUUGAAGGAUGAGCCUGCAGUCAAGACUUUGAUCGCGUCGCCACCUGCCAAGGACCAGCGAAAUAUUAUGACAGCUCAAGAGCUACCGCAAGGAUUCAAGGAUACUAGCGUUCGGACACCGUCGCAUGCUGCUCAAGACGCCAAUGAGCGCAAUACCAGCCCUCUAUUUAGGAGUACCCUGGGGAAGCGCCCGUCCGUAGUGCGGGAAGACCCCGAAGAUGAUGACGAUGAGGAAGUUCCGCCACCUUUCGUGCCCUCGAGAGAGAUUCUUGAUGCUCUUGAUGCUGUGCCCACUAGGCAGAAUCUAUACAAUCAAUCUCCAGAGCGACGCGACGAAGACGGAAGCCCCGUCGCACAACACCGAAAGCAGCCGCUGCCAGCGUGGCAUGCGCACCAUGCCCAUUCUGAGCCUGUGGCAGAGGGUUCACCGGAAACGAAACCGGCUCUGGCGGAUAACAAGCCAGUGACUGGAUUGUCACGAGACGAGGACAGCAGUGUUUAUCGUUCGACUUCUAGCAGUCCCGCCCAUACGGCUCGAUUCGCCUUAACGACAUCGGAGAAGCUUGCUGUCAGGCAUACGCCUCCUCCAAGGUCAGCCUCGCCCAUCAAAUCGGCGCUGAAGCAGAGCAGUCCGUCUCCGCGAACCGCCUCUCCUGACAACGGCUCGGACAACACUAAACUUCGAGAAGUAUCUUCUGAAGUCGAACCUCCAAUUUCACGCAAAAAGUCAGUUCGCGUUAGUUUCGACGACCGGAGCACUGUAGUUGUGGGUGAAGCGGCGCAAAGUGAGGACGUCGAGUCACCCGCUGCGCCAAGUCCUCAACAGCACACCAAACGCCCUUGGUACAGCAACAUUGGGAGGAACAAGAAGAAGGACUUCGCCCUUGAAGAUGAUGAGGUGAUGAAGCCUCGCCCGGCUUUGCCUAGUUUUGGUAGUGUGCGGGAAAAGAAACGUGAAUCAGGUCUAGAAGAAAGGCCACUUGUCCGCCCUCAUGAUCCUUCGCACCCGCAAGCAGCACCCUCCCCCAAUGCUCCCCCGUACAGCCCUAACAAGGCUACCGUUCCUAGCCGAACAGACAUUUCAGCCAUGGGGAAAUCCAGCGACCAAGUAUUAGGGUCCGUUUUGGCGCAGGAUCAGGCUUCGCGCAACGAGGCUAAUAUCUCCAGGUUUAGAGAACCACUGCCACCUGUCGUUACUUCCCUCGAGGGUAAUGGCUACGUCUCAGACAACACCUUCAGCUCGGUCGAUAGUGAUGAGGAGCGUUACGAUAGUGUCCUUGGCGAUAGUGACGUCGAGGCCAUGCUCAGUACGCACAACACUCAAUCCACCCCGCCGGAAACCCUUGACAACUCUCAGAGCGGGUCCAUGAUGCUAGAAGAGAAGCCUACAAAGGAACAACCGCCCAAGGCAAUUGAGCUGCCAGCCAAUGAGGUUCCUACAGAAGUACCUACCAUUUCGGUUGUACAACCCAGUCCCGGUGUCAACGACUAUGCUAGGGAACCAAACAAACACUCGAAGCCCCAGUACUUUGAACUUCCUGGUGGGUUUCCAGAGGACGAGUCCGAAGCCAGCCCGUCACCUGCAGGUGGGGCGCAAAAGGGGGUUACAACUGGCGAUAGUGGUGCACCACCUACCGACAAUACAAUUUUUGAGCCAGAGGGCAAGAUUUUACCUUCGCAGGCUAGUUCGCUGCCGCAGACGACGUUGGCUACGACUCCCAGCUUGGCGAUCGUGGGCGAAAUGGCAGGAAAUGACACAGACUCGAAUACUAGCAUUUACAGCGAUGCCUACGAAGACCUGGUUGAGGCCGAACGCGAUGAUUUUAUGUCGUUGAAUGCCGUGGUCGAGAGUCCAGCUGAUAAAGCACAGCCAACACCCCCAACACCGCCUGCUGAACUGCCUCCGAACCAACCGCAAGAGGCUGGACGGUUGGAGUCGGAAGCAAAACCUCCGCUGCAGACUCAAGCUCAAGCCUCCGAAGCCUCUCACAACUCUCAAUUUCCGCCGUCUGAGUCAUCUGAACAGAAAGAAUGGGAGACCAUCAAGUCCUUCUGGCGCAGUCUUUCACAGGAGAAGAGACGCCAGCUUGAACGCGAAGCAUUCGAUGAGGGUGGCACCGAGGGUGAUAGAGACGAGGAUCUAGUGCCUGUGCGAAGAUUGAGCAGCCGAAAGAAGACAGCAGAAGAAAGGCAGGCAACGGCAGUUGCGGCUAAGGCCCGUGCUGAGCGUAUACCGAAGCCAGUGCAGCCAGUCAAUCAGGAUAGAGUCUACAUGAUCCAGCCUGGUGCAAAGGCGAACCACGAGCCUGUCGGCCCGACCACCAGUGGACGCAUGCGUACGUCGAUGCGUGAAGAACAGCCCGGCCAAUCUGCACGAGUAGCCAAGGCUGCACCUGGCGAAGUACAUCUGCGCAAGUCUAUGAGACCCAAUGCAGCAACCGAUGCUGUUGAUCAACAUAAGCAGCCUGUAACUUCGCUGGCUACUCAACCAGCGCCUCCGCCGAAGCCUAACACGAGACUUCAAAAUGCGCAAAUUCAUAGAAGAGACGCGGAUUUUGAUGUGGCCCUGGCGGCGGGAAAUGCCUUUUCUCACAACCCGAAUCCUGCUCUGGAUUUGCGAGGUUCUGAUCUUAGCGACAGCAGCUUCAAACGCAAACGUACCGGUCCCUCCGAGGGUUCUGGUUUUCGCAGCACAAUGCGCCAGACAUCUCCCGACGCGACCCAAGAAACCCGUCGGUUUAGUUUACGCUCCUUGUCUCCCGGCGGUUCUCCUUUCCGCCGCCCUUCGCGUACCGUCAAGAGUGGACCUCCGGUUAGUACCCCGAUUCCGACGUCAAUGCGCCGUACUCUCCGCUCCGGCAGUGAGUCGAGCCGAGAACGGGGGACCGAAGGAAGGCGAACCUCUAUGUUCUCGUCGUUUGGUCGCUCCAGUAAGAUAUCAGACUCCAGACAAUCAAAUCAUGGAAGCCGUCUCGGCGACUCUAGCGAGGACGACGAGCCUGCUGCAUCAGCAUUUCGCAGCCGCUAUGAGGACUCCAGUAGUGAUGAUGCAGACAUGGAGAUUGGUGUCAUGCCGAUUGCUCCGCCUCCGAAGAGCACCAUGAGAAGCUCGACUGCAGCGGCUAACUUUUUCAAGAAAUCAGCGACUGUGCCUGAAGAGGAAGAAGACUCACCUGAAUUACCCGACUCCGAUGAUGAGAUGCCAAGCCCACUCCAUAGUCCUCAGAGAGUGUUUCGUCCUACUACGCGGUUGAGCUCAGGCAUCGGCACGUCGACACUUCAGCGAAGGCAGUCUGAACGAGAAUCACUUGUGAGGGCGCCUAUCACGCCCGCCAUCACGGCUGGUAAAACCCGAAACUCACUCAUGGGAAGCAUCCUGCGACGCAACAAGAAAGCUGACCACGACGCUAAGAUUCAGCGGUCCGAGUUGAUGGAGAGUGCUGCGCGACAAGACACCAAGCUCGAGCGUAACGACAGCCAGCUGCGUAGUAUUCGACGAGACUCACAGUCUAGCAGCCCCAAGUUGCGGAAGCGAAAACCCAUGGCGCGAGGGAGCAGCUGGCCGCUGCCGGAGCCCGAUCAAGAACGACCUAGCACGGCUGGUGGGUUCGCGAAUGGCGGUGUCGAUGCCACACGGCCGACCUUCAGUAGCCAGAGGAACACGAGUCUCAAUGUGCCUGCUACCACGGGCCUAGAUGCCACCGACACCGGGGAAAGCGAUGCGGGAGUGCCUAAGAAGAAGAAGUUCAUGCGCUUGAGAAAAAUGUUCAGACUGGACGAUUAGAGUGCGCCCAUCCCUGCUUCAGACCGGAAAACACACGUCCAUUCUUCUGGCGUUGGUCUUCAAGGAAUUCGGACGGGGCAGCGACCGAAAGGACGGAUCCUCGUCAAACGCAAUUUGAACGAGUCGAGGCU